AUGGGGACCUCUCUAUCGUGUUGCCGAGUAAUUUAUCUGCACCAAUUAAUCUUACUUUCCUCUAUUCCUCGAAUCACGUCUCGCUGGCCGAUCUACAAGCAAACGGAGAGACCGCUCCGUGUUGCUGGACAGAAAGCAAAAAAAGUAUAUCGACAUUUCUUCAAAAUACGACAGUUUAGAAAAAGGAACAACAAUCCGAACAAAAAAGAGGAGAACCAUUUGAGGCCCUUGUCGCUUGUCUCUUGUUCAGAAUGA